AUUUCUAAAAACAGACCAAAAAAAUAAUGGAUGAAAUUGAGUAUAAAUUAAACACAAAAAAUAGUGUCUUAAUAGUUAACGCUGUUGAUAAAUUGAUAUCAAUAAUUAAAUCCAAAUAUAAACCUUGUGAAAGGCAGAAGUUUGUUUUGGAGAAUGAGGAAUUAAAGUUUUUGAGAGAGAAAUGUUCUUCAAAGGAUCCUAUGGUGAGCCUGACGGCAUGCCAGGGUUUGCUGGCCCUGGUGGAACUGGGGGUUGUGGAGAUUGGUCAGACUAUGUCGAUAGUCGUGACUCUGUUACCAAGUGCACACAACCAUGCCGCCAUCAUUUCAACUAUGGCAGGCCUUUUAAUUUUGGACCUGAAGUCCCGUCUGGUGCCUGGUCAGCCAUACAAAUGUCAGUUUGGUUUGAAGUCUCCGCAGCAUCCGUUCAUAACCGUUUUGGAGAAGAAUAAGGCUGAAGAUGAAGUAUUGGUGCAGAUGCAUGCAUUGUGCACUCAUCCUGAUUAUAUAGUAUCGUCUAACAGUUUAGAACUUCUUCGAGCAGUGUUCCUGUGGCUGACUUGCAACCCUCGCCGCAGCAGCAGCAUCAGGCCGUGGCAGUUGCUGCUCAGCUUGCCGCACUCCGCGCAGCAGAGCGAACUGCUUCUCACCUGCUUGUCUUGUCAGCAGAUAUGUAACCCAGAAUUAAUGGAGGGAGCUUUAGCGGCGUACUCCGCAGUGUUGGAGGCGUAUGUUUACAAACAAAAUGGCGACUACAUAGCGGCUCUACUGCCCAUGCUGGCCAGGAUAUCAGUGGAACUUGUUGCUCAUGGCAAAGACCCGCGCGCGUGCUACAGCCGCCUGGAGCGCUGCGGGGCGGAGCACCCGGCGCUGGGCGCGGCGCUGCUGGCGCUCGCCGUGCCCGCCAGCGCCGCGCUGCAUCUGCACGAGCUGUUUUCUACUGUUCUCAACAUAAUAAGCAAGUACGAGUGCUCGAGCAUGUCUCUGAACAUGUUCGCGGCCGUAUCGCUACAGUGGCUCCACCUACCCUCUUAUCUAACAUCAUCUGCGUUGAAAGUCGCCUCAAAAAUACUAGACAUAUACCAAACAAAUAAAGGCGACAGUCGCUUGCACAUGACAAAUUUGAAAGCGAACAAAGUGUUCCAAACUCUGUUAUAUACGGACAGCAAAUUGACCGUUAUGUUCAAAUUGUUGGAAACGUGGGAACGUUUGGAACAUAACCCGGAUAAGUUGAGGAGUUGGUUCGACGAUUUAGAGACGGUUAAUGACGAGUUGAAAUUUGAAUUGGUACCGUUUUUGCUUGGCGUAAUAAUGGAUAAGAGGAAUGACGAUUGGUUUAAAGAUAUAAUAGUUCGUGCUCUGAGAAUGGUCGUGGGGUUGGUGGAAAAGAAAAAGGAGAUAUCUGUAACGCUAUUGCCGGUGUUGGUGUAUAAGUUAGCAAAUGAUAUUUCGCCGAAAGUGAAGUUGGAGUGUUUGCGAGCUUUACCGUUAAUGGCGAAGACUAAGGAGAACGUUCCAACGAUUGUAGCUAUUCUGAAUUCUCUAAAAUCUGGAAAGGGAGCGCCGGUGUCGUUCCUUAUCUCUCUUUACACCAGCUUGGCUGAAACACAGGUUCGUUGCUUCCCGUAUCUACAAGAAUUACUUGUCGACACCGGCGCCGGCGCCGGCAGGCCGGAUGAGCUGAAAUGGGAGGUCGAAUUGGCUAGGGCAUUAGCCGUGGAUAGGAUUUGCGAAAUUAGGCCAUCCAGCCACGGCCUAGAACUGGUCCCGGUGAUAUCCUCGAUCCUGAACCGCUGCACGGAGCGCGCCGGCGCGGCCGCCAGCGGCGCGGCGCUGCGUGCGCUGGCGCGGCUGUGGCGCGGCGGCUGCGUGCGCGCGCCGGGCGCGUGGCGGGCGCUGCGGCACAAGAUGGCGGCCGACGCCCGCCCCGCACUGCAGAUCAGCCUAUGUCGUCUGUUAUCCGAAAUCCCAGCACUACGGGUGUCUUCCCCGGAAUUCGAUAAUCUCAUAAGUGACGUCACUGGCAAAUUGUGGAACUUCAUCGCAGAGUCCAACAACCCCGAAGUGGUGGAAGCGGCGUGCGAUGCGCUUGCGCAGUAUAAAAUUACUGAUUACCAAUUGAAAGAUAUUCCCGAGGUGUACCGUCGCUCGGUAAAGUUGCCCGCGUCUUUCUGUAAAACGCCCGCCGACGCCGCUAGGAAGCCGGAAGAUGUGCUUGAUUAUGUUCCGUGUGAAGUCUGGCCGGAAGUAUACAAAUAUACAAAUCAAGCCGCCUUAAGCGGCGUGGAGCGUCUUUGCACCAAAUUGAUAGACAGAGAAAUCAAGGGGUACCGGAGUGGAGUGUACCACCACGACUCCAGACAAGAACCACCUUCAGCGGGGUACUUGCCCGCUAGUAGUGUGGCCAGGGGACUGUUGGACUGCUUCAGGAAACAGGCAACAUCCCCCUCAUACGAAUUCCCCGAUACCGUUCUCCUGUCAGUCCUCCGCACGCUGACAGCGGAGUACCCGCGCCCCCUGCCGCCAGGGGACCUGUGCUUCCUGCACGAGGCGCUGCACAGAGGCGAGGCGUGGCGGGCGGGCUGCCUCGGGCUGGCGGCGAGGCAGGCGACUGUGUCUGCCUCGGCGAAGAGACUGCUGGAGAAUUACCUGCAAGGGAUCGAUCCGGGAGUCUCUGAUCAAUCUGACAUAGUAAUACUAUUCGAGCUACUUCCAGUCCUCUGCCGAGGAAUGCCGCCCAACUCUUUACGCAGUCCCAUAGAGAAAUGUCUUGCCGAGUCUUACUCAGCCAUAUCGAGGUUGAAACGAGGUCACAGUGUAGACGAGCCUUUAUUCGUGAAACAGUUGAACAUGAUCCGACAGGCUUUAGAGAGUGAUCGAAUUCACGACGCGAACAGAACGUUACUAUCACAGAUUGUGGAGCAUUACUUCUCAGUUAUAUCUGAUGAUAAUGUGGCCUGGCCAGCCUUCGUGGAAGCCUGCUGUUGUUUAUCCAGUGUGUACCUGGAGCGGAUGACGUCCCCCAGCAGCUGGUGGGAGCCCUGCGGCGCGCUGCUGAGGAAGGCCACCGCCGUCAGGGCGGCCGUGGCUGCGGCCGGGGGGCUGGUGUGGCUGAACGAAGUCAUAGACGCUCAGAGUACCAUGAUCAGCGAGCAAGAGCACUGCCUAUCCCUAAUGGUGCCCGCGCUGAAGGCGGCGGAUCCCGACCAGCCUGACACAGUGGCGUGGUGUCUGCAGCUCAUGGCGCGGGCGCAGGUUGCUUUCCAUGAGGCAGAAGAACAAUCGGCCAAGUUAUACUUCUGUAGCGUAGUCAUGGUGACGCUGUGCGCCCUGAGUGGUCACUCCUCCCUGUCCGGGGCUCCGCCCCCCGCCACGUUGCCGCCCGCCGCCGCCGCCCUGGCCGCCAGGGGGGCCUGGCGGGGGCAUACUCAUCAGAUAUUAGAAUGGCUGAUCUACACCAGAGACAACAUCGGCGAUACUGAGAUCGCGUUGAGCUGUCAAAGAACUUUACUAGCGAUGAGGCAUACGUCCGCCUUCGUGGAACACAACGUGUGGACCAGGCUAGAAUCUUACUUCGGAAAGCAUGCUGUAGAAGUUGAUAUAUAGGAUAAAGAUUCAGAACUGACAAUAACCUCCCUUUUUAAGAAUGUUGAAUAUUGUAUUGAUAUAUACUUACAUAUAAUGUAAAACAAGUGUAUGUUUUGUAAUUUGCCAAUAAUUAUAAAUAUUAUAGUUACCCGAAAUUGUACUAUAAAAUUUGUUUUGUAAAUAAAUAUAAAUGUGCCAGAUGUACAAAUCA